AUGCAGCUUGGGACCGAUCUGUCUCAGGAGAUCGGGCUCUCACAAAGCCAAAGCUUCAAUCACCCACAAGGGGCCCCUCCAGAGGCCUCAGCGAAGCAGAUCAGGGGCCCCCGGUCUGAGAGAGCCCUUCAGGGCCAUGCAGGCAGCAACCUGGGCUCCUCAGCCAAAACCGCCACCCUUGUCACUGGAGAAAGGCGGGCCACUGAGAGCCCUACUCUGCCCUUUUCCCCUCCCCCACCCGCCUCUGCCUCUCACACAUCAUACAUCAUCGGGUACCCAGCCUAG